AUGUCCUCCCACGAGAAGCUCUCGGCGGCAGCCAACGACCGCAAAGCCCGCCUCGCGCAACUCAAGUCCCUCAAGCGCAAACAAGCCCCCACCGACGAGUCCUCCGAAGACACUUCUACAGCCCUCACCACCACCUCCUCCACAGAUCCUACGUCAACCGCCCUCACCGCCACCGAAGAGCCCUCCGCAACCGCCACCUACCUCUCCGGCCGCAACUACGACGUCACCACGCGCAACGUCAAGCUCGGCUUCGACGCGCUCCCCAUCGCCGACCCGACCGCCACGCUAGAGUACAAAGCGGAGCAGCUUGCGCUCGAGGUCAAGACUGCGCAGGAGAAAGAGCGGGAGGAGGAUAAAGGGCUGGAUCUGUUCAAGCUGCAGCCGAAGAAGCCGAAUUGGGAUCUGAAAAGGGAUCUUGGGGAGAAGAUGAGGGGACUGGAGGUGCAGACUGAGAAUGCGAUUGCGAGGAUGGUGAGGGAGCGGGUGGAGGGCCAGAAGAAGGCGCAGAAUGGGGAGGGGAGCGAGGGGGAGAAGGUUGGCAUGGAGGGAAGUGAAUUGGUUGAGGUUAUGCAUUUGAAGGAAAGAGAGGAGGAGGAGGAGAGGCGGAGGGAAAAGGAGGACGAGGAUGUGAGCUGA